UAAAUACUAAACAUUUCCACCCAUCAAAAACAAACACAAUUGAUAAUUUCUCCAUCAGUUUCUUUUGUUUUUCUUUCAGAAUUUGACAUUUCUGCUAUUGCUAAGCCGAUACGAGGUGUAGGAUGUUGGAAAACUCUGAAUUAAUUAGGUAGUACCUGCUGCUGGUUCACAAAGAAUACAUUGUAAUACCAUGGGAAAGGGUCUGAGAAACCGACGAGAAUGUAGUCCUUCAGGAUGCAUGUUUGGGAUACUUCAUCAUUUAAAUCAACAACAACGGUGGCAUCAAGUCAGGAAACGCCUCCCAUACAUAAAGCAGGCUGGUGGAAAGCAUUUUGCUGCGGCAGGAGAUCAUAGGAGUAAUGCAACUACAACUGAUUCGACUAGCUAUCCAGAAAAAGUAGAUGUCAAAUCUGAUGAUUCCCCUAUUGUAGAGAAAACUGCAGCCCCACAUCACAAAAGUUCAAUAAAGUCUCGUUUAAAAACUUUGGUUACAAAAGAGCUAAUAUCUAGAAAAAAGGUCCAACAUCGCCGAAGUGUGUCCUGUCCUACAACAAUGCCACUGGAACAAACUGCUCCUAUUCGCUAUCUAGGCCCUAGUAAUUUAGUUUCUUCUCCAAAAAGUUCUUUAAAUGACGAGACUUUGCAGCAGCCUCAGAAUGAGUAUUCUACCAUUGCUAGUUUGUUAGAUCCACCCCAGCCGGAGGAAAGAAAGGAUGCUGUAACCACCCACACAUGUGAGUUGUGUGCAGCUAUGCUUGAUAUGAAUCACUUAAAGCAAUGUGCUACUACCAAGAACGGGAAGCAACCAGUUACAAACUUCACUCUUCGUCGUACACAAUCACUUUAUUUUAGAGAGCGGACUAAAAAUGUGUCCACUGAAGAGUCGAAGCUAUUUUUGGAUGCUCUUGAUUUACUGAACAUGAGAGAGGAGUUAUUCCUUAAAAUAUUACAGGACCCAAAUUCUUCAUUAGCGAGUCAGUUACAUGGGGCACAUGCAUCCAAAGGCUUAACUAAGUCCGUGUCAUUUCCUUCCCGUCUCUCACUGGGGAAAAUCGACAGGUCAAGCAAUCACAAGAGCUGUCAGGACGAGUCACAAAUUAGGGGUGAAUUACUGGGGACUGCUGUAUUUGAAUCUGCAGAAAAGUUGAACAGACAUUUAGUAACGAGGAGAAAGGAGGAAGUCGUAAAAGAUGUGCUGACAAGAUUUGAAUCAUUUGAUAAGGUCCCUCCGAGUUCAUCUGGUGCCAAACACAAACAUCACAAUAGCAAACUUGUCCUUGCACGUUUCAAGAACUUGAAGGAGAAAAUAACACAUGCGCUUAAGGAGAGCCGUAAGGAGAAGCAUCGAAUUGUCAUGGACGGUGUCCUUCAUAAGGUUCCGCAUGGCCAUAGGUCAUCCAAUGAUGUUAAACAGGGAACCUAUCUAGCUGAGAAGCCAACUGCAGAUGGACAUGACGGAUACCAUUCUACAUUUAGCAAGAGCCAGAAGAAAUCUUUUUCAAGAACGUCAUCGCUCAAUGACUCACUAGACAGUUACAAUAGAUUGCUUGAAUCCUGCUUCAGUACGGACGAAAAGCAGCUGAGCUCUGAAAGGUCUAGUUUGAGAGCAUCUAGAUCACCUUCACCAGGUAGAAGUAGGACCAUAGUCCUAGAGAGGAUUCUUUCUUUGCCUGAUCUUAGGCACUACCCUUCUUUCCGGUUUGAGGAUACUCCCGAAGCCAGUUAUUCAGAAACACUUGAUACAGCUGCAUUGGCCGCAUCCAGAAGCAGUGAACAGAAUUCCCUUCAUAUUCCAUUAGGUUCAGAAAGGAAAAUUCAACAAGAUUCCAGUUCAGACGCCAAGAUUCCAGAAGAUUUUCUUGAUGUCAGCGAGAAUUCAGAUGACAUUGGUGACUUAAAGACAGAGGAGAACUCUCUUCUGGUUGAAUACAAUAAAGAGGGAAAGUCAUCUUCUAAUUCCACUUCCGAUAAACCGAUUCCUACUACUAUGCCUGAUAUGAUUAUUGAAGAAGCUACUACCGUCCCAGCAGAUCUCUCCGCAACUGAAGGCAUAGCAGAAAAUGCAUUCGGCACUAAUGAAGAAGGAAUAUCAACCGAUGAACAGAAGAGAAAUCUAUUGCUUAUUCAAGUGGAUGAAAGAAAUAAAGCUGAAUUCAACUAUGUAAAAGAUGUGUUGGAUCUAUCAGGCUUUAGAGGAAAUGAAUUUAUGAACCUUUCGGCAUUUGAUGAUGUGGGAGGAUGUUUUCUUUCUCAACCCGACUGUUCAGGCUAUGAUGAAGAAAAUGGAAUCUGCAAUCAACUUCUUCUGUUUGAUUUAAUCAACGAGGUCGUAUUACAGCUUUACGACAGAUCAUCUUUAUACUGGCCAAAGGCGUUAACUCCUCGUUCUUAUAUCCAUCCAAUGCUGCAUGUUGGAUACCAUCUGCUUGAGGAGGUAUGGAGAGAGAUAAGCUGGUGGCUCAGUUUCAACCUGGAGAUCAAUGAUCAAUCACUACUUGGUGAUGUUGCGAGUCGUGAUCUAGCAAAAGGUGACCAUUGGAUGAACCUGCAGUUUGAUGCAGAGUGUGUUGGCUUGGAGCUCGAGGAUCUCAUAUUCGAUGAUCUUUUAGAUGAGCUAAUGUUCAUUGACAUUUAUUAAGGCCAGGUAGGUGCAUGACUUAUCUUUUACAUAGGAAUUGUUUAGCCGUUCUCUCCGUUGAUCGCAUGGAGACUAUAGGAAAAAACUACUGAUAGAUUAAAUAUUUGUUAACGAAUUGUACGAGACUGUACAGAUACCGUAGAUUCGGUUAUUAAGCUUGAUGCAUAUAUCUAAGAAUAUGCAUUGAGUUUCUGUAGUAUAAACAAGAAAUGUAACUAGGAUAUGCUUCCUCUAGCAAACUCAGCAACUUUGCUUUGUUGCACUGUAAGUACCAAUAGAUGUAACUAAGCCUGAACUUUCAGACAUUCAAUACCUUGUUCAAGUGAAGACCUGCAUGUGUUUAUUUUGUAC